AUGCCCCGGCUUCCCGGCCAGCAACCACAACAGGCCUUCUACCCGCAUCAGCAGCAACAGCACCAGCAAUAUCGCCCUCAGCAGAGUGUUCCGUUUCAGCCGCCCCCAAUCUCGACCGGCUUACCCCCAUCCAGCCAAUUCAAUUCUCCAGUGUCGCCGCUUAGCACGCCGGGUAACGCCUCAUCAACCUCCACUAAAAACUACAUUUCGCGCCAAAUUCGUCCCCUGUAUGUCCCGGCCGUGCUGCGCCCGACCGAGUUUCCAUCCAAAGCCCCUCCGCCCCGAUCGAACUCCCAAGAUGAGGACGAGACGAGCGAGGAGAGUUUGCGACACAAUAACAGCUUCAUGAGCCUAGGUGGACUGGGCGGGUUGAGCGCAUUCGGUCGGUUGAACAGGAGGUCUACGGCCGACAGGGCCAAAUCCGUCGACGGCAGCUGGAAUCUCGACCUAUUCCCCAAGCCGACUGGUGCACCCACUCGGAAACACUGGAAGCCCGACGAGCAAUCCACGGUGUGCGAUCACGCGACAUGCAAGAGAUACUUCAGCUACUUCACCCGCCGGCACCAUUGCCGUAAAUGUGGCAACAUCUUCUGCGACAUGCACAGCGCAUUCGAGAUACCCCUCGAUCAAGACGCGAACUACAAUCCCCGGGGCGUGCCCAGCCGUGCGUGCGCUCACUGCUACUCGCAGUUCAAAGAAUGGCGCAGCAGGGCAAACAGUCGGGCUUCGAGCGAUGGCUCUGCCGAUACCAACCGCCUUGACACCCCUACUACCCCGGUUGAGGCCUCUUCUGCCGUCUCCGGCCUCGGCGGGCCCCUGCACAUGCCUGACGUGGCCCACAGCGUCCCGAGAGACUGGAACUGGAGCACUUUCUGA